UCUUUUUGGAUGCACAUAAUCUGUUAGUGUUAUAUUCCUACAAACAGAGAUAAAGGCUGAAUAUGUGAGUUCAAGGAGUCAGACAGAGAGAAAGAGAGAGUGGGUGAGAGAUAGAGGUAGAGAGAGGAGAGCUCAAUAGUACUUCCAGUUGAGCAGGGAAUUCACAGACAGGAGGUUAACAGGGACUGAGGAACUAUUGGAAGCUAUAAUUAUACCAAACAACAGAGCAGCAGGGAUUAUUGCACCAGCACGGUUCCUCAAUGGCAGUGAAGGGCUGAUCGAGAUGGACUGAUUAAAGCUGCAGACCACAAAGGUUAUGGAGGGUUCCAACAAGCAGGAGGCUGAGUCUGGGAGAGGGGAGACGGGCCAGGUAACCUUGGAGACGGAGGCGUCCCAGGCGGAGCUGGCUCAGUGUGAGGCUGAGGUGGGCACUCUGCUCAGUAUCAUCGCCGAGCUCAACAGGAAGAUGGGAGCGCUAGAGGCACCACGUGAUUCUGAGGACAGUAAACCAGUGGAAGCAGCUGUUCCUCUGGCUGCAGUCCGUCCAGCCAGGCCCUCCACCCGAUGCACCCCAGCUAGGAGAGAGGGCGGUAGUGAGGUUUGGAGCGAGCUCCAGGAGGUGCUGUCAGCCCUUGAGGAGUCCGUCAGCAGCAGGAAGACCUGGGCCUCCCCACACAUGGCCUUGGACCGGGACAAACAGACAGAGCACCUCGCUGCAGCCAGGGAGAGCUGGGCGCUGGUCACACAGGUGCUGGAAGACAUGGAGAGAGAUUUUGGAAUCUCGUACCCGUCGGAGCUGCCCGCCAAGGAGCUCCAGGAGUACCGACGGGAAGUCCUGGCGCUGCACCAGAGCAACCGUGACCUCCGCAGUACCCUCCAGCACCGCCAGGAGGCGCUGGAGACAGCCAGGUUCUCUGUGGCGGAGAUGGAGGAGGAGAAGAACAAGCUACAGGAGUGGCUGCAAGGUCUCCAUAAAACCUGGUGGUCUACAGGCAGCAUCUCCCCUCCCUGCAGCCCCUCCGACAGCUCUAGCGGCGGGGCACUGAGCCCAGGCUGGGUCUCCCCUCCCUUCCCUAGCUCUCCCCUGUUCCCCAGGAGACCCUCAAGGGCCUUCUCCGCCCUGUCCACCGGAGGGGACAGUUCCCCGGCUGCCUCGCCCCGUCUAGCCAGGGCCUCCUUGGGCAGCCCCAGCCCCUGCCCCAGCCCAGUUACAACCCUGGAAGGUGAGAGAGAAAGAAUGCAGAGGUGCAUCGAGAGGCUGAAGGCCAGGAACGAGCGUCUGAGUGGAGCGUUGGAGCGGAGGAAAGGGGAGUCCGAGCAGAUCAGCAUGACUCUCAGCAGACACGAAGCGGACCACAGCGCCUUGCAGAUGGCUGUCAGAUACUGCGAGGAGUGUGAGGAGGUGUACAGUGACUUACUAUCACUCUACCAGGCAAAGAAACAGCAGUGCAUUCCACACUGGAGAGACACAGCAGAGACAGUUGUGGACAGAGAACUUCCUGGAAGUCCCAGAGCCCAGUUGAGGAGUCUGAGGACUGAAGAGCUGUCAACCUCCUUCUCAACACCAGGGGGGGCUGUGGAGCGCCAAACCCAUAAGCAGGCCAGCCUGAGGUCUCCUGAGCUACAGGGACGCGAGACGUCUCUUCGCGAGCAGAUCAGGCAGUUGAAGGAGGACCGGGCUGCUCUGUGUGUCCCCAAACCGGGCCCCGGGGGUGAGGGCCAACUCAGCCCAGACACAGGCACCCUGGCUGGGCCUCGGGGGAAGGGGCCCAAGCCUGGGGAACCCACUCCCAAUCCCAGCAGAGAGAAGGCCACUCUGCUCUAUGAGCUGGUCACUGUUAGGGAGGAGAUGUCGGAGCUGCGAGGCUUAAUCCGUCUCAGGGAGAAGGAGCGCAGGUGUCUGGACUGGAGCCUGAUGGCCCAGAAGGCCCAGGAUGCUGCUGGGGAGCUGGUGGCCGAGAGCCUGCAGGAGGAGCUGGAGGACCGGAGGGCAGACAGACAGAGAUUGUCGGAAGCUAAGCUGGCUGGUGAAGAGGAGCCGGGUCCAGGGAACAGCAUCAUGCUGAGAGAGCUGCAGACUGUCCUGCACAGGGAGCAGCUUCUGAAGAGGAGGGUGUCAGCCAUGAGGGGCUCUCUGGACUCGGCUCUGUCAGACAGCGCCACCCACAGGAGAGACAGUGAAGAGCAGAGGGCUCGGUUUGCCCAUGCUCACAGCAAAGCCACCGGAACGUACCGGAACGCUCGCAGGAAGUACCGGGAGCAGCUGUGGCGUCUGGAGCGUCAGGUGACGGCGAUGUCCGGAGCGUCACAUGACCCCAGAUCGGCGCCCUGAAGGCUUACGCUGGAGGCACUGGAGUGGAAGCGGGAGGAGACGGUUCUCUGAGAGCGGCCCUGCCCUCGGAACCCCUACCGCCCCUUAUAGCCUUGGAACCCUCCCCGUCUUAGAACCCUGCAGCCCUGGAACGUUGCAGUCCUACAAGCCCUACUGCAACACUGUGUUCAGAACGAAUAGCUGCAUCUCAAAGUCCUUUUAACAAAUCCACUCGCCAAGGACCACGUAGAAUGUCCCUGAGACUUUUCCUUCUCGAUGACUCAUGGGAACAAGCAAGGCCGUUCAACAAAGUGGGUCGUCUGUUCUGGAAGCAGAGAUUAUGAAGGACAGAUGACCCAGAGAUCACAUGAUCCCCCUCCACACAAAAAACAAGAGAGAGAGAGAGAGAGAGAGAGAGAGGAGAGAGAGAGAGAGGAGAGAGAGAGAGAGAGAGAGAGAGAGAGAGAGAGGGAGGUAGCAGUACAAUGGCAGAUAUGUGCACAAAAUAGCCACCUCCCCCCAUUUGUCUUCAUCAUGUCUUUCCCAACUGGCUCUAACUCUUUGUAACUAUCAGUAACCCCACCCCCCACUCUCUCAUUCUCUCUCUCUGUAUUUCUUUCUCUCUCUCUCUCUCUCUCUCUCUCUCUC